AUGCUGCUGCUAUCGAGCCUCGUCACAGCGUUGGGGAUGAGUGGACAGGUGGACACGAAGAUAUCGGCACGAGACGCAGACGUAGCAGAACUCUUCUCAGGAAUCGUCUUGCCAGAAACAGCCAGGGCCGCAGCACAGGACCAAAUACUAAGACGCCAUGUCGAAGAUGCCGUCGAACUGGUAGCCGACCUAUCAAGGAUGCUGGCAAAGAGAUUCGAAGAUGUUCCUGAAUUGCAACAGGCAAGCCUCAGCCUCGAGAGGUACCGAAAGAGUCUUUCAGAUAGCCCAUCCGGUACGAAAACACGUCGUCAAGAUCUCCUCGGAGGACUAGGUGGCCUAUUGGGCGGUGGCACCGGCACAACACCCGCAGCCCCUGGGGCAACCGAGUCAGGUGCGGCAGGGGGUGGUCUCCUUUCCGGCCUCACUGGAGGCAUCUCGUCAGCCUUGUCUGGUCUUGGGAACUCACUCCUCCAGGACGCCGGCGGGGCCAGCAUGUUCCUCGGCAUCGGCCUCGGCGCCGGCGCCGCCCAGGGUCUCAACGUCGCACCGGCUCCCAUGACGAUGCAGGUCGCCGCCAAGGUCGCCGCCGACAACGGCAUGAACGCGACGGGCCUCAACCCGGCGUUACAGAAUGCGGCGAUGGGUGCGACUGCAUCAUUACUUGGCUCUGUCAACAUCUCGAGUCUCGCAUCUAGCGCUGGAGGUAGUCUCGACCUUAACGGGCUGGCACUUGGUGCUGCUAAUGGCAUAGGAAACGGUGUGGCUUCGGGGCUGAAGCUGUCACCACAGGCCAUGGCGAUGGAACCACCCAAGGGGAACAGCACGGCCGACAUUGCGAACACAUUUGGCUUUGGACUGACCAAGUCGCUGGCGUCCAACGUCGACACGUCCAAGCUGUCGGCCAACAGCAUCGACAUCUCGCAGUUCACGGGCGGCGUCCCGACGUCGCAGAUCGCCAUGUCCCUGGCCCAGGGCAUCGGCAACGGCGCCUCAUCAGGCCUCAAGCUCACGCAGGCGAACCUCGCUCCUCCGGCUGGCAACACCGCCUCCGACGCCCUGGGGGCCUUUGGCUUUGGUUUGACGAACAGCCUGACGAGCAACCUCAACACCACAAGUUUGACGAGUGGAGGGGCCCUGCAGAACAUCAAUAUCAACCAGAUCAUCCCCAACCUCGGGAUGACGGCCAUGAGCUUCGGAACUGGACUCGGUAGUGGUGCUGUGGCGGGUCUGAAGUUGUCCUCGGCCGUUGUCAACCCCCCUGAUCCAAACGGCAACGAUGCCCCUUCAGUGGCGGGCAACUUUGCAUUCGGGUUGACAAAGAGCGUCACCGAGAACGUGAACCUGAGCCAGCUGACCUCUGGCAACUCUCCACUGGCUGGUGCCGCAGGUAACAUCGACAUCGGCCGGGCUGCUCAGGGUGUGGCAAUGGGCCUAGUGCAAGGCGCAGGCGACGCCGUCAAUAGCAUGGGCGGGCUACAGGCACUGAUCAACGGCACCGCCACCAUGCCUCAGGCAGGUGCCAUCCAGCCCAACACGCUCUCGUUCAAUGACUCCGUGGGCGGCGCCGCCAUGGGCCUUGGAACAGGCCUCGGUGGCCAGGGCACCCUCGUCGGCGUCCAGCUGUUGUCGCAGCUGAAUGUGACCUCGCUCGUCGAGGGGCUUGUUGGGAACAACACCGACGCUGGCGCUGCUGCUCCGAGUAAUGGGACUGCUUUGACCAGGCGGAGUGUCCACCAGGUGCUUUCGAGCGCGGUCCUCCCGCGUCAGGAGUCUGGCGUGACGACUGUCAGCAAUGGCAACAGUUUCAACCUGUCUGUUGUCUUCAACGCCGACACCAUUUCGUCUGUGUCGCAGCGCGUUGUCUCUGCCCUUACCUGUGAGGGAGUGGGUGGCCUGGUACUUGUCGCUCUUGGUCUCCUAAAUAGUGGAACCAUUUCCACGAAUGGAGUCACAAGUGGAGUGAAUGUCACUACCAUUCAACAGGUGGUUCCAAAGGGUUUGAUCAAGAUUAGAAGCGAUGGAAACCAAUUUGCCAUUGAUGGCCAGAAGGUCAUCGAUAACCUCCAGCGCAAUCUCCUCUCUGCUGCGGAUGGCAUCACCAUCAAUGGGAACACGGCCAUUCGCUUCGCGGCAUUCUUGGCCAUCCACAUAAUGGUCGCCUUGACCGUGUUCUUGACCGUGCUCCCGUUGAUCUUCAGCCUCGAGGGCACCCGCGCCCUCCUCUUGCGUCUGAAGCUGGACCACAUCCUUCCUAAAGCUACACGGUGGGCCAACGUCGGGUGGUUCUGGUUCAUGGGCCCUGCCACGUUGAUAAUACUCAUCUUCGGCGUCUUGGCAACCGGCUCUUCUGGAAAUAUGCGGACGACACACGGCAUUAUCGGCCUUAUCACCGCACUCUUCACCUUCGGCGCUACGGGAUUCCAAGUCUUCAACAAGAUCUACAUCUCGACCAAAGCCCCCUCUCCAGACGCCCAAGCCUCCGUCCUGCCUGCGCCCUUCAAACUCCUCGACCGACGCACGAUCCGCACAUUCCUUAACCAGAUCCUCCUGGGCCUGACUAUGCCGACCGUGAUCAGCGGCUUCGCCGACCUGGGCUCCGUCACGCUGUGCGUAACGCGCGUGGUUCCCUUCGAGGCGGCAUUCACCGUCGCGGUGAGCCUUACCGCUCUUUACAUCACCGGGAGUGGCAUCUCGAUGCUGAACAUACUGCUCGCUAUUCUUGACAUCCGCCGGGCCAAGAAAGAGGCGGCUGACAGGAGGGACGAGGAAAACUGGGGCAACAAGUCGCUCAGGGAGAAGAUUCAGUAUGUCGGGCAGGAGUCCCAUGUCAAGUUGGACGGCCGGGCUGAGACACUCAUGAAGUGA